CCAGCGACGCGCAGCCGCUUUCAGAAAACGUUUCACCUCGCAGCAUUGCAGGAAGGAAGGACGAGGGGUUUGCGCUCAGGAAGUGGAUCGGGGGGGCAGCGUGUUUGUCUCACACGGGGCUUUCUGGAGCCGUGAUCGGGGUCUGGCGGAGGAAGCGGCGCAGAUCUGCACAGGGGGCUUGCAAACUGCUGGAGACGAAGUGUCUGUUUCUUGCAGGUUGUGUCUGACUGUCAUGGAUUUGAAGACGAAGGAGGAGAAAGAUGCGCAGCUGGACAAGAGAAUCGAAGCGCUCCGCAAGAAGAACGAGGCUCUGGUCAAGAGAUACCAGGAAAUCGCGGAAGAUAAGAAGCGGGCGGAGCAAGAGGGCAUCGCCGUGACGACGGGGCAGAAGCCACGCCCCUCGGAAUCUGAGAACGUCGAUCGCAAGAGAGCGGAGGAAGAGAGCUUCAGCAUUACUGUAGACCUGACCAGACCUGCAGGGGAGAACAGAGUGGUCUGCAAUCACAGGAAGCCGGAGAGUGGGCGGGGGGGCGAGGGGGGGUCUCCCCUAGGGCACAGCCCUCCCAGGAGAGGGAAGGGGUCCGGGCGGCUUGGGAGGGAGAGGGGCGGCAGGGGCAGCCCCAGAUCCGACUGGGGGGGAGGGGGAGAGCAGAGACACGACCGAGGAGAGAGACACUCCGACAGAGAGGCGCGGAACCAGCGCCCGGACAGCCAGCCAGCAGAGGGCGCUGUGAGGACGCCCAGAGGGAGGCGGGACCGGGAAGGAGGGGAAGGGGCCGGUAACCCCGGCAACGACGCCAGUAACCCCGGCAACCCAGCGCCCGACAGGAGGGUCAAGGAGUGGGAAGAGAAGCGGAGACUGAACAUCGAGAAAAUGAACGAGGAGAUGGAGAAGAUCGCCGAGUACGAGAGGGGCAACAGGGAGUGGGAAGAGAAGCGGAGACUGAACAUCGAGAAAAUGAACGAGGAGAUGGAGAAGAUCGCCGAGUACGAGAGGGGCAACAGGGAGUGGGAAGAGAAGCGGAGACUGAACAUCGAGAAAAUGAACGAGGAGAUGGAGAAGAUCGCCGAGUACGAGAGGGGCAACAGGAGUGACGGGCAGGGAGAGAAGAAUCCGGGCCGGAGUUUCCUGGAUGACCCUCGGCGUUCCGGCCCCGUUCCCGACGCAGAUCGCAAGGAGGGGAGCCGACGGCACGUCCGAAACUGGGGGGGGGUCGACUUUGAGAGGGUCAAGACUGGGGGGUCCGAGAGAGACAAGGAGUGGCAGGGCCGGCGGUCAGGGGGUCCCAAGGGCCGCGUUGACGUGAUGUCGAUGACGGGUCGGGAGCGCUCCGAGUACGAGCGCUGGAAGCAGGAACGGGAGCAGAUCGACCAGGCCAGGCUGGAGCGACACCGCAACGCCACGGGCCAGUGGAGGAGGGAGUGGGACGCUCAGAAGACCGACAGCAUGUUUAAAGAGGCAGCCGCUGCAAUGCAGGAACAAGGAGAGACCGACGGCAGAAGAGAGGAGAACAAACACCCACCCAAGCAGCCCACAUUCGGAGACUUCCUGGCCCAGGGGAAGGGGAAGGGGAGAGAGGCGGGGAAGGGGAAAGGCAGGAACUACAGCAUGCACGACAACCGCUGGGAGGAGGAGGUGAAGAAGAGAGAGGCUGAGGGGAAGAAAGAAGCAGAACCUCCCAGGAAUAAAGAUGAAGCUCAGGAGAAAGCUGGACGGGGAAAGGAGGUGGCGCCGUGCCAGGAGGCAGACGAAGACCAGUGGGAGGAUGCGAGCGAUGGGGAGGAGGGAGAGUCCGAGGGAGAGGAGGAGAAAGCAGAGAAGAAACCGCCGCAAAAACAGAAGAAGCAGCGACCAUCUAUCCCACCAACUUCCAAACCCCAAACCAGUCUCUCCGCCCCCCGACAGAGGAGAGAACGGGGGCGCAGGAGCGGGGGGCAUCUCCCCAAGCUACAGCUGCCCCCCAAGCAGACCACCCCUGAGCCCCCUUCCCCCAAACCCUGCAAGCCCCUGAGCCCCUUCUCCUUAGAGGAGGGCUACUGUCCCGUCACAGACUGGGGGGAGGAGAUGGAGCUGCAGUCGCCCCGCGGCAGUUUAGGAGAGAACCCCCUGGGGCAGCCCGCCCCAGCCAACCCCAAACCCACAUCCCCCAAGAGCGGACCUGGAGCUGAGCCAGGAGCCAGAGGGAGGGACCAAAACAUGGAGCAAAACUGAUCCUGAAGAACAGGAGAAGGGGCAGUGAAGCUCAGAGUCACAUCAAUAUCAGGGUCUAGUGCUGUAUAUUAUAAAGACAUUUCAGAGGGCUGGAUCUCAUCAAUAUCAGGGUCU